AUGCCAAUUCAUGAUUUAAGUCAAUUGAAUGACAUGGCUAGUAUUCCAUUGCCGAUUAUUAUUAAAGUUAAAGAUGACUUUGAUUACUAUGCGAUUGAUUCUAACCUCGACGACCUCAUCGAAGAGCAUCCUCAAAUACGAUUGGCCACAUUCAAUAUUUAUGAGAAAACUGACAUUGCUAUGAAAUUAAAUGCUAUACACGCCCCAGCUUUCCUCUUGUACCAAGCAGGUGAAAUAAAGGACAGUAUUUCAGGUAAUAUACCAGAACAAGUCCAAGCAUUCAUCGAGAAGGCGAAAGAAUCGGUUCAAUAA